AUGAGUAUGUAUGCCCCGCCGGGUACGAGCGUUCCCGGAGGCCGGAGAAGGAGAGGAGGCACCCCGUUGCCCAAGCAGCCAGAGCGGAGUCUUGUCUCUGCGUUGCCCGGGGCCCUUUCCAUAACCGCCCUAUGCACGGCUUUGGCUGAACCGGCUUGGCUCCGUGUUCACGGGGGCAAAUGCCCCAGACAAGAGUUGGGGGUGGCGGACGUCCUAGGCUACAUUGAUCCCAAGCUCCUGCACGAUUUCUGCGUGAACUCGCAGACUAUAUUGCUGCUGCGAGUUAUCGCAGCCUUCUGUUUUUUGGGCAUCUUUUGCAGCCUGACCGCAUUCCUCUUGGAUGUGUUUGGACCCAAAUACCCUGCCCUUAAGAUUACACGGAGAUAUGCUUUUGCACAUAUCCUCACAGUUCUCCAGUGCGCCACAGUCAUUGGCUUCUGCUACUGGGCUUCGGAGCUGAUUUUGUCGCUACAGCAACAGCACAAAAAGUACCACGGCUCCAUGGUGUACGUCACUUUCGCCAUUAGCUUCUACCUAGUGGCGGGGGCCGGCGGGGCUUCCAUCCUGGCCACGGCCGCCAACCUCCUGCGUCACUACCCCACCGAAGAGGAGGAACAGGCUUUAGAACUGCUCUCCGAGAUGGAGGACAGCAGCGAGACCUUCCCAGCUGACUACGACAUAGCCAACCAGUUCCAGCCCCCGCCCGCGUACACGCCUUGA